AUGGAUGAGGGUGAGGAGACGAACUUCCUGGAGAAGGUGAACGCAACGAAUGUGAUAGUAACGGAGGCGAGGAGCCGCGACAACGAAACGAGCGAAAUAGGGAAAGCGAUGGCGGAAUUGGAGGAAUGGACAGAGAAGAAGGUGGAGGCAAUUUCCGCGCUGGCGGACGCGAUUCGGACGGAAUGGGAGAGCGGCGCGGCGCCGUCAUCUCUGGGCACUAAGGCAGGGCCGCGCAAGCGAGCUCGUGUGGCGGACGGGUCUUCCUCAGAAUCGAUGGUGAUGCAUCUGGCCUCCCUGUCAGCCCAUGCGGAGGCCAUUCGAGAGAAGGUGCGCGGAGUGGGGAGGUCUGUGCGCGGACUUGAGGUUCGGAAGGGGCAGGGGGGAAGAAUGGAGGGCGGGGAUGAGCGGGGAGAGAACAGGGAGACGCAAAUUGGCGAGGAGGAUGGGAAGGAGGAUCCGGCUAAGGAGGAAAAGGAGGAGGAGGCGGGGGAAGGGGAGAAGGAGGCGCAAGAGGAAGAGGAGGAGGAGGAGGAGGGGGACGAGGAGGGGGGAAUGAGGGACGAGGAGGAGGAGAAGACAAUUGAUCUGAAGCCCCUCGCUGCUGAAAACGGAGGGGGGCAGGACAAAGGGGCAGGGUUAGGGGACGAAGCCAGGGAUAUCGUGCAGGGGGAAGGGGAAGGCGUGGUGGGGAGGGCAGGCGGGGAGCAAAGUGCUGCAGGAGAGGCAGAUGAGCCAGUGGGGAACGACCUGGUAGCGUCUGUGGAGCGAUGGGCGCGACGGGCGGGGCUGUGCGGAGCAGGAGCAGCAGCAGCAGCAGCAGGGCAGCCUUCACCGAGCAAAGGAGUUGCACGUGGGGAGGUGCAGAGUGCACUGGUGGAGGGGAAACCCACCAAUGGUGACGAGGCAUUCAAGACGCGGCUGCAGGAGGAAAUCGAUGCCUUGCUGCUGCAAAUCCCUCCCGACAAGCAGCAGAUUCCGAAACUUCUGAUCAACACAACGGUCUCUCCCCGUGUCAUGCUCUCCUUGGUACACCUCCCCUCCCUCACCUCGCUCUCCUUCCUUCAAACCCCCAUUUAUCCAGCCGCCCUGUCCCUCAUCCAGCCCUUCUCUCGCCUCCACCAACUCGUCCUCGAUUGCCCCGGGCCCUUAACCCUGGCCUUCAAAUCGGGGCCCUGGCCGUUGAAGAACCUGAAAGUGCUGCACUUGAGCCGGGUGACCAACGCAGUUCUGGAGCAGGUGGGCGUGCUGACAAGCCUCGAGGUCCUCUCCUGCACGAGCUGUGAGGGGGUGAGCUCUAUGGGCUGGAUUUCGCUGGACCGGCUGAAACGGCUGAGAUGGCUCCGUGUGGCACCAGCAGAUCUGGACGGUCAUGAUUUAAGGAUGGAGUAUCCCAAGGGAAGCUUGCCGGUGGUCUCGCGAGUGUAUGCAAGGCCGCAGAAGAAGCGAGAGGGCGUUUUUCAGGAAACGAGUGGUCAGGAGGGUGUUCACGAGGGUGCACACUUGAAACACUCCAAGGAAUUGCCACGCCAAGCGGACGACAGUGGGGUGUGGUGUCUGAUGUGGGGGCUGCAGCGUCUGGAGCACCUGGAGCUGCAUGCACCACCGCGCUACGGAAACGCUUUCAUCUCGCUCAAUAAGCUGUAUCUUCUCACCAGUCUCCACAUCACCGGGGCUUACAUAGACCAUGCCGCUUUCAAAUGGUUGACUCAUGUGACUUGGUUGACCCACCUCAGCCUGGCCGGCUGCACGUUCCCAACCGAGACCGUGAUCCAUCCACACUGGAGUAUCCCUUUCAUUGUGGUGAAGAAAAUAGCCGACGCCAUGCCGAAGCUGCAGUCCCUCGACCUGUCGGGAACGGCAGUCACCAAAGUCGAUAUCAUCAAGCUGCAAUAUCUGAGGCACUUGGAGCGCGUGACGCUGCAGCAGUGCUGCAACCUGGGCCAGUCGUUUGUGCGCUACCUCAGCUUCGUGCCGCAGCUCAAGGAGGUCGAUCUGAGCUUCAACAACAUGCCGGCUGAUUGGUUGAGGCACGUUGUGGAAGGGAAGCGGGUGAGAAGGCUGCGUGUGAGGGGGUGUGGGUACAAGAAUAAGACAGUGCGUGGGCUUGAGCGGCCUUGGCUUGUGAUUGAGUCGUGA